AGGCUAAAAAGUCCGACUGAGUGAUUCGAGUUAUGCCGCCUCCAUCCACAUGUACUUGAACAGUCAAUCUCAGUAAGUCGAGUACUUGAUGCCAAUGAUGAAUCGGUUUACGACUCCAGCCAUCACAUGCAUAAUAAUGUCAACAUUGAUUCAAGUAUCACAAACCCUGCAGCUAUCAUACGCAGAAUGCUGUCAAGAUUGAACCAAAUAUUGAAAAUCUAGAGCUAUCAUACGCAGAGUGAUGUCAAGAUUGGACCAAGUAUUGAAACAUACAGCUAUCAUACCCACAGUGAUGUCAAGAUUGGACCAACUGUUGAAACCUACAGCUAUCAUACACAGCGAGUGAUGUCAAGAUUGAACCAAGUAUUGAAAACCUACAGCUAUCAUACCCAGAGUGAUGUCAAGAUUGGACCAAGUAUUGAAACCUACAGCUAUCAUACCCAGAGUGAUGUCAAGAUUGGACCAAAUAUUGAAAACCUACAGCUAUCAUACCCAGAGUGAUGUCAAGAUUGGACCAAGUAUUGAAACCUACAGCUAUUAUACCCACAGUGAUGUCAAGAUUGGACCAAGUAUUGCAACCUACAGCUAUCAUAUGAUGUCAAGAUUGAAACAAAUAUUGAGAAUCUCUACCUAUAACACACAAAUUAAUAUAUCAAGAUUGGAUUGUAUUUUGACUCAUAUAUUUUUAUCGCGAUACUUUGUGAGAUAAAUUAAUCAAAAACCAUUUGGGUUUGUGGCAAAAUCAUUACUAUUCAUUUUAUAUGUAUUGUAAACGUUUUAUGUUGUAGCUGGAAUUCCAAAAUGAAAUCUAAUAUUGCAAUAAACUAUACAUAUAUUAUGCUAUCAUUGAAAGCAAUUCACAUGCUUAUGUUUUUUUGCAUUGCCUGAAACAUAUAUGAUAUCAAAUGAUAGAAGCUAGUUAUACCACUGGGCUAUACCCGUCUCAAUUUAUUU